AUUAACGGCGACAGUUAUGCUCCCCAAAUCUCUCCUCUCAUUAAACUCCCUCUCCCUCUCUCGCUCGCCGGCGUUUCAUAACGGCUUUCCUGCGUUUCUUUUUUGUGUUGUGCUGAAUUAGGGUUUUGGAAGUAAGCUUGUGGAAGCAGGAGAUGCAGAAUUCUUAGUUCGAUUGAUUUAUUCCGGUAAAUCGAGGAACUGCUUCGCCGGAAGUUUGCGGGAUGCCGGCUCUGCGCUCGUCGGAGCCCGAAGACGGCGUCGUCUCUCAUCAGCGGCGGAAAUCACGAGAUGUUCCGUCGCGUUACUUAGCUACGCCUUCUCCGUUUCCGUCCGUCUCUAGUCCUUUUUCUUCUUCUUCCUUUUCGAAGAGAUGUCCCUCGCCUCUGAUUUCGGCGGAGGCAUCGGCUUCGGCGACUUCAACCAUCGUCAAGCGUUCCCAAUCUGUGGGACGAAGGAUUACAGGCACUCCCCGACCGGAGAUUUUCAAUUCGGGAGCUAAAGACGCCGUACACACGGUUCAGAGAAUGCUAUUCACUUCGGCGAAGAGCUUGUCUGUGUCAUUCCAGGGAGAGGCGUUUUCGCUCCCCGUGAGAAGAGCCAAACCGGCUCCAUCUCCGUCUCCGUGCGGUACGAGGAGAGGCACACCGGAGCGAUGCAAGGAGUUAGCCGCGACAGCAAUGCAUGGAAAGACGGCGAAUCAAACAGAAAAUUCUAAGCCAUCGGAUGUUCACCCAUGGCCGAGGCCGCAGCCAAAGAGUUCCACGAGUAGGGGUGUCGAUCAUGCAAAUGAAAGGAAGAAAUUUGGUGGAUCUGGUAAUCGCGUGGUCAGAGCCCUUCAGAGUUCUUUGCUCCAUAACAGAGCGGCUACAGAUGGAAGACUAUCACUGGAUUUAGCUAAUGAUGCGAAGAAACUGGAGGAUAUUGCUGACAUUAUAGUUUCUGCUUCUGACACGGUCUCUGGCUGUGCAAUUUCUACCAAAAAUGCACUGACCACAACAUCGAAGAAGUUCGGGGUGGAUAUCCCAUUGCUGUCACCAAAAGGGAAAGCGAAUAGCAUAUAUACACCAAGUCGUCCAGCUUCGCCGAGCAGGAUCAACACACCAAGAGCCUUGAAUUCAAUGAGAGGGACCAGUCCUUACAGGGGAAGAAAAGGUAUGGUGGGUGGUUCGAGUGGCAAUGUAUGCCUUUCGCCAUCGGUUUUGAGUUUUGCAGCAGACGUCCGAAGGGCGAACGUGGGGGAGAAUCAGGUGGUUGAUGCUCAUGUGCUGAGGCUUCUUUAUAACACGCUGUUGCAAUGGCGCUUUGUCAAUGCCAGAGGAGAUUCUGUGCUCUCUGUCCAGAAGUUGAAUUCUGAGAGAACUUUAUGCACCACAUGGUUAAGUGUUUCAAGGCUGCAUGAUUCUGUCAGAGCGAAAAGGAAAGAACUCCAGAUGCUGCAGGGGAACUUGAAAUUGGCUCACAUUCUCAAGGGUCAGGUAACAUAUCUGGAAGAAUGGUCUAUGAUAGAUGGUGAUCACUCUUCUUCUCUAGUCGGAGCCAUUGAUGCUCUCAAAGCUAGCACAAUCCGGCUUCCAGUAGUUGAUGGAGCAGUGGUAAAUGCACAAAGCGUUAAAGACGCAAUCUGUUCAGCGGUUGAUGUGAUGCAAGCAAUGGCAUCUUCAGUUUCCGUGUUGUCAAAGGCCGGAGAAGUCAGCUCUUUGGCCACUGAACUCGUCAAAGCCGCCGGGAAAGAGCUUACGAUGAUUGAGCAAUGCAAAGAUCGCUUGUCCGCAGCGGGGGCCACGCAGGUGAGAGAAUGCAGCAUGAGAACUCAUAUCCUACAGCUGCAACAAAGUUCACGACCAAACCGGAAUCAGAUUGCAAAGGCUCAAGCUCAACCUUUAUAGGGCUCCUUUCGAAACUAACACAUUACAACUUAGCUUCAUUUUUUUUUCCCUAAUGGAAAUGAUCGUUUAGGGAAGAAAGAAAUAAAGAAUCAGAUUUAUAUUUUCAUUGAGAAAAACACAGCCAGAAAAAGAAUCAUAUUUUGACAUUUUUUUUUUAAUUUUACAGAAAAAAAAAAAGAACAAUUACUGGCAGAGUGUAGAAGUAAUUUGUGUAAAUAUAGGGAGUGAAGGGAAUUGGUGUUGAAAUUUUCUUUUCCCCUGUGUAAUCAAGUUAAUUUACAGUUUUA